AUGAAUUGCCCCUAUCACUUAAACAAUCCAAUUUCAUAUAUUUGUAAAGCUCCACACAAGUGUUUAUUUUUAAGGAAGCUGUGUGUGCAAUGCCUAGAUGAUCAUGGAGUAGAUGUUGAAUAUACUGUAACUAUUUAAAAUUUUUAAGAAAUGAUUAUCAAGAUAUUAAAAGAAUAAAAUCUUAAAGCUAUUUCAGAUUUAAUCAAACAGAAGAUGAAUUUAAAAUCUGCACUCUCUCAAAUUCAAAGUAUGCUGAAGAAAAUUUGGGAAGAAUUAUCAGAAUCAAUCCAAUAGAUAUAAGAUGUAAUUGAAAUGGAAAGGGCAUCAUACUUAAAUAUCAUUAACAAUAAUAUUAAUUUGGAAGAAGCAACAUAUACUGACUUAGAGAUAUUAGUGCAAAUUUUUAAAGCAAAUUCAAUAAAUGAUUGGAUUUCUUAGGAGAAUUCUUAUCUUCUAAAGUUAGAACAGGCAAAGAAUUGGUGGGAAUAAGAAAUUAGGGCUUUUAAAGUACAGUCAAUGGAAAAAAUCAAAGAGAUUUCGCCAUUAAUUAAGUAAGAGUAAAUAUUAUCAAGGAUUCAACCAAUUCAAGAAAAAGAUAAUUUGUAUGAGCUUUUUACUUCGUUAAAAGAUAUUGAUAUGUAAAUACUCAGUUUGAUAAUUGACAUAUUUUAAAAAGAAAAAAUUUCCGAUAGCAUAGAAUUUCUUUCUAAAGUGGAAGAUCAAACUCAUAAGGAAUAUUACUUCUUAUAAGAUGAAAAUUUUUAACUUUUUUAAAAGCAAAAUAAGUUAAGUGCUGUUUAAAAUAACAUUAAGAAAGUUACUAAUGUUCUCAAAUAAUUCCACUAACAUGAUUUUAAUAAAAAUAAUUAUUCAACUGAAACAUAUUCAGAAACUAGAAAAAAAAUCAUAAAUAUAGUUUCAAAAGAAAUUAAGAUAAUCGAUUUUUUUAAAUUUCUUAUUUACCUUACAUCUAUGGAUAAUAAGUUCAUACAAUGUGGAUCAAAUUCUCUUAAUUUAUUAGUCGAAAUGAAGGUCGAUUUAACGAAACAAUGUUUUUAAAAUAUCAAAAUUCAUAAUACAUCUUUAAUAGGAGCUAAUUUUGUUAAAUGUAAUUUGAGUGGUUCUGAAUUAGAAAAUGUAGAUAUAAGUGGAAUAAACUUGAGUGGAACUUAAUUAUUGAAUUGUAAAUGGAAAAAUAUAAGAAUACAAGAGUUACAUUACUUAAAUGGAAUUGGUGGAGCAAUCACUUCAGUAUGUUUCUCUCCUGAUUUUACUACAUUAGUUUCGGGUAAUGAUGAUGGGUCUAUCAGUUUAUGGGAUUUUAAGACAGGGCAACCAAAAUCCAAAUUAAUAGGCCACAGUAGUUAGAUUUAUUCUAUAAAUCUCUCUUCUGAUGGCAGCACAUUAGCAUCUGGGAGUGCAGAUAAGUCUAUUAGGUUAUGGGAUGUUAAAACAAGAAAAAAAAAAUCUAAAUUAAUUGGCCAUAGUGGCGGAGUCCUAUCUGUAUGCUUCUCUCCUGAUGGUUCAACAUUAGCAUCUAGCAGUGAUGAUUGGUCAAUCCGUUUAUGGGAUGUUAAGACUGGACAACAUAAAACUCUCUUAAUUGAUCAGAAUGGAAAAGUCGCAUCAGUAUGUUUUUCUCCUGAUGGCAAUACAAUAGCAUCUAGUAGUUGGGAUAAAUCAAUCCGCUUAUGGGAUGUUAUGACAGGAAUAUAAAAAUCUACAUUAGAUGGUCAUACUGAGCCUGUUCAGUCAUUAUGCUUUUCUCCGAAUGGUAUUACAUUAGCAUCAAGUAGUGAAGAUAAGUCUAUACGUCUAUGGGAUUCUUUGGUAGGAUAACAAAAAUUGAAAUUGUAAAAGAGUAGUAUUCAGGUCUUUUCAAUAUGUUUUUCUCCUGAUGGUACCAAAUUAGCUUCAGGUAAUGAAGAUGGAUCGAUCUUUAUAUGGGAUGCUAUAUUAGGGCAAUUAAAAUUUAAAUUAUUAGGUCAUAGAAGUUUGGUCUGCUCAGUAAACUUCUCUCCUGAUGGUACUACAUUAGUAUCUGGGAGUAAAGACAUGUCUAUGCGUUUAUGGGAUAUUACAGGACAACAAACAUAUAAUUUAGAUGGUCAUGCUAGUGGGGUGAAUUCAGUAUGCUUCUCUCCUGAUUGUACUUAAUUAGCAUCUGGCAGUGGAGAUAACUCUAUUUGUUUAUGGGAUGUUAAGACAGGGAAACUAAAUCUUAAAUUACAUGGACAUAGUAAAUAUGUCAGUCAAGUUUGCUUUUCUCCUGAUGGUUCUUCAUUAGCCUCGAGCAGUGGAGAUAGGUCUUUGCGUUUAUGGAAUGUUAAGAAUGGGUAACUCAAAUAUUAAUUCGAUGGGCAUUUUGAUGGUGUAUAUUCUGUAUGCUUUUCACCUGAUGGUACACUUUUAGCAUCAGGUGGUGGAGAUGAGUCCAUCCGUUUGUGGGAUAUUAAAACAGGACAACUAAAAUCUAAAUUAACUAAUCAUGAUGGUGGGGUCUUUUCAAUCUGCUUUUCACCAAAUGGUUCUACAUUAGUGUCAUGUAGUACAGACGAAUCUAUUCGUUUGUGGAAUGUUAAGACAGGAGAACAAAAAUCAAAAUUAUCUGGAAAUAGUGGAUGGGUGCUUUAGGUGUGCUUUUCUCCUGAUGGUACCCUGAUAGCAUCAGGGAGUAGAGAUAAAUUCAUCCAUUUAUGGGAUACUGAAACAGGACAAUACACUUAUAAAUUACAUAGUCAUGGUGCUGUCUAAUCAGUGUGCUUCUCUCCUGAUGGUGCUAUAUUAGCAUCUGGCUGUUCAAAUAACUGUAUUCUUCUAUGGGAUGUUAAGACGGGAAUACAAAAAUUUAAACUAGUUGGCCAUUAUGGAGCUGUUACUUCAGUCUGCUUUUCUCCUCUAGGUACUAUAUUGGCAUCAGGUAGUAUGGAUAAUUCUAUUCGUUUAUGGGAUAUUUAGAUUGGACAAUAAAUUUAUCCCUUGAAUAAUAGCAAUAGUGAUAUAAAAGAAAAAUUUCAUGCAUCCCUUCAAAAUCCUCCAUAAACUGUAGAAGGUAGUAUUGAUUUUAAAUAUUUAGUUAACCAAAUUAUUACUAUUCUUCUAAUAUCCCAAUAACCUUUAUUUUAAGCAUAAGGAGCUAAAAUAUUUAAAGGAGAAUUGCGAAAUCAUUUAGGCAUAGACUUAAAGAAAUUAUUUAGAUAAAGAGGAGGUUUAAUUUUGGAAGAAAAUUUAGAAUUUUCAUAACAUACAGAUUAAAAUUGA